AUGCCGCUGGCGACAGCACUUCCGGCCGUCGUCGGCGGUAUCUGUUGUUUCGCCUGUCCAUUCUUUUUCUCAACCGGCCCGGGUAUUCUCUUUCUACAUUUCCUGAUCGUCAACGCCGUUAUUCCAGGUUUUAAAAAAAUUUUAGUCCAGACAUUAACUCAUGCCGUGUUCAAAGUAGUUUCCGCGAAAUGGUCUCUGACUCUCCUAAAUUCAGUUAUGUUUUUCUUUCUCUGAUGGCUAUUUUUUGCAGGAUCACUUCGAAUACGGUUUUAGAAUUUUUUUUUUAAAGAAAACAAAAGAUUUUUAGUUUUUUUUUUCACUUACUUUAAUUUUUUAUAAGGCAAUAACUUCAAUUUUUGAACAAUUUUCACUUUACAGAUGCUUCCAUUUCGGUUGCUCCGUCCUUGUUGCUUCCAGCAGCUGCUAUAUUACAGCUUCUUGAACAAAUUUUGAAGCUGAACAAGAAAGGUUCAGUUUUAUUUCUUGCUGUGCCUUUUCCUAGCAUGAUGCUGGAAUGAAAGCAACUGGUAACAGAAUUAACGGAAAAAAGUGGCUUAAACUUUUUCAAAAACUUUUUUUCAAUAGAAAAGUUGCAAACUUGAGUAAUUCACUCCUUCUCCUUGAACAUUGUCCCUCUACACCUGACUAAAAGCUUUAGUUCUAGUUUCGGUUUUCUUUUUUCUUCAUAGAUAUAUAACACUUAUUAAUUAGGCUCCAGAAUUAUAAUUCUGGAGCCUAAAAUAAUUUGAGGAUAUGAAAGAAUGGUUUUUUAUAGAAAAAAAGCUUUCUUGGUACUGGACGAUAGUCUGCUUCGCUUCGCUUUACCUUUUCGACUACGUCAUCGUUUUGUUGUUCCGAAUGGCGUCACUGGAGACGUCGCUUAUCCUUCUGUUUUUGCUGCUCAUCGUCGGCUUUUUCGCUUUUGCCGAAGAUCCCACUCCGCAAGCGGUACCUUUCGACGUUAGUUUUUUUUUUAGCGCAUUGCAAGUAUUAGUUAUAAAUAACACUGAAGUUGAAAUGAACUAAACUAAAAAUAAGAGAAACGAAACAUCUUCGAUCAACUGCAGUAUUCUAAAGGGAGAUACGCAGAGAUGUGUCUUUUACAUGUAUUUGUUCUGUUAUGAAAACAAUUAGUUGAAAGAGCAAGGCGAGAGAUUAUAUGUCACGAUAAAAUUUUUUUGGAAAAAGGUGUUGCUCGAUUUUAGCUUUACACCUAGGCGCAAUUUAAAAAAAUAUGGAAAUAAACGACGAGAAGAAGAGAUAAAACAUGUUUACAAAUCAUCGAUGAGUUUUCGUAUGUUUGGCGAUUCAAAGGCAUACAUUUGACAAACACAGAUUUCGGUCUCCGUCGCGUGGAAACGAGAGAAAAUGUUUGGAAAGAAAAAUCACAACAUAUGAAACGCCUUGGCUAUGAAAUUUAAAAAAAAGUUAACUUUCACUAGAGCCGCUAUUUUGGCUUAUUAAAGAGUUGGACUCGCGAGAACAUUGCAUGUAGGCACCUUUUUUAAUCACUCAAUAAAUCUUAUACGUUGUAAAAAAAAUCAUUAACUGUUCUUCGUAAAUACUUUGUUAAAGAUACUGGUUGAUGUGGAAUCAUCGGAUUUGUUUCGCGAAUCUGGACACCCAUUCCAUUGCUUGGGCUUCUGUGGCACGUACAUGUACCUCGUUGUUUUGUUAUCGUUUGUUCUCCACGUAAGACUAAAAUUAACUCAAAAAUUCUCACAGAAAUUUCAGGUAGACUUUUUGCGCAGUGAAAUGGCAUCUGGGCUCUGGAACGUGCUUCGCGGUCUCGCCUCAAUGGGAACGAUGCUCACGCCUGCUUUGUUCGGCGGACUUGUUCAUUCUCUGAAGACCGCUUCCCAGAAGAUGACCUCCAAAAAGUGUAAUAUAGUCCAUGCAUAA